CACAUAUAAGGACAACCCACUCAAUCUUCAUCCCAAACAAGAAGCAUAGCAUUUUCAGCAGAGAACAAUUUCGCAGUAUUGAGGAACCCCGAGACAAGUGCUGCAGAUCCUUGUUUUGCUGUUGGUUUCAAUGGCAGAGGGGAACAGUGACAAAACCCUUCGACAAAUUGCAGAGGCAUUCAAUGACCUCGCAACGGUUGUCUCCGAUUCGCAGAGCGCAGAGGUUGAGGUUGCCCCCUUCUCGCGUGCAUGCGCUCUUGUCUCCCCUCUCUUCGGUUGCUUGGGCAUCGCCUUCAAGUUCGCUGAGAAGGAUUACGUUGCCAAGGUUCAAGAUCUAGCAGAGGCGUCAAAAUCCAUUCAGACCUUACAAUCUAUGAUUGAUCGGGAUGUACAAGCUAAUUCUGUCAGGAAUCCUGGCAGCCAUACAAGAAAUCUGCUGAGAGUAAAGCGUGGACUUGACAUGGUUAGGGUGCUCUUUGAGCAAAUUAUAGUUACAGAGGGAAAUUCCCUUAGGGAUCCAGCUUCCAAGGCUUACGAACAAGUAUUUGCACCUUAUCAUGGUUGGGCUAUUAGGAAGGCUGUUUCUGCUGGAAUGUAUGUCCUUCCUACAAAGGAACAACUUUUGAAGAAACUCAAUGAGGAUGAGGCAUCAGCGAAAGUCCAAAUGCAAUAUUAUGUGUCGGCAUCCGCAUCUUUAAUCCAAUACAUUGACAAACUCUUUGUUUCCAGAGACUUGGGAAUAGAUUGGUGAACCUUAGAUUGUAUUCAGAUUGUAGCAUGUAAUUCGCUAUUAUGAAGUUUAUACGACAUAAUUGAUGUAUUUAAUGAUUACUAAGUAUUCAUUUGUUAUAGAAUUUGUUUAUAUUGCAAUAGAUGUUAGUGCUAAUUUGCUUGCUAUUGAGAUGCUACGUAAUGUGUAUUGCUGAAUGGUAAU